AAUGUCAGAGCAGUCCAAUUUACAGAUUAGAGCAGCGGAUGCAUUCUGCAUUUCCCUGAAGUAUUACAUGAUCGCAACUUCUUGCAAACUUUAUCAUCUUUGUUUCAAGGAUUCAGGGAAAUCACUAUGCAGAACAAGAAUACAAUCAUAUGCAUCAAAUAUCUCUUGUGGUUUCUUCUCCUCUGUGUGUUUUUCAAGAAGUCACAUUCUGAAGAAGACGUUGUAAUUACAACUAAGCAUGGAAGAGUGAGAGGAAUAAAUUUACCAGUUCUUGGUGGCAUAGUAACAGCUUUUCUUGGGAUUCCUUACGCCCAGCCACCUCUAGGUAGACUUCGAUUCAAAAAGCCACAGCCCCUCUCCAAGUGGUCUGAUAUCUGGAAUGCCACAAAAUACUCAAACUCCUGCUAUCAGAACACAGAUCAAAGCUUCCCAGGCUUCCUUGGAUCAGAGAUGUGGAACCCAAACACAGACCUUAGUGAAGACUGCCUAUAUCUAAAUGUGUGGAUUCCAGCACCCAAACCCAAAAAUGCCACUGUAAUGGUGUGGAUCUAUGGGGGCGGUUUUCAAACUGGGACGUCCUCGUUACAUGUUUAUGACGGCAAAUUUCUGGCUCGGGUGGAAAGAGUUAUUGUCGUUUCAAUGAACUAUCGGGUGGGUGCCCUGGGAUUCUUAUCUUUACCAGCAAAUUCUGAGGCCCCAGGGAACAUGGGGUUAUUUGAUCAACAGUUGGCACUUCAGUGGGUCCAAAAAAAUAUAGCAGCCUUUGGUGGAAAUCCUAAAAGCGUAACUCUCUUUGGAGAAAGUGCAGGAGCAGCUUCUGUGAGCCUUCAUUUGCUUUCUCCUGGAAGUCAUGCGUUUUUCAAUAGGGCCAUUCUUCAGAGUGGAUCCUCUAAUGCUCCUUGGGCUGUCAUGACUCUCAAUGAAGCCAGAAAUAGAACGUUGACUUUAGCUAAAUUUCUUGGUUGUUUAAGAGAAAACGAGACGGAGACAAUCAAAUGCCUUCGGAAUAAAGACCCCCAAGAAAUUCUGUUGAAUGAAGUAUUUGUUGUCCCUUCUGAAUCUCUCUUGUCAGUAAACUUUGGCCCCACAGUGGAUAGUGAUUUUCUCACUGACAUGCCAGACACACUACUCGAGCUUGGACAAUUCAAAAAGACCCAGAUCUUGGUAGGCGUCAAUAAAGACGAAGGGACCGCUUUUUUGGUAUAUGGUGCUCCAGGCUUCAGCAAAGAUAAUGACAGCAUCAUAACUAGGAAACAAUUUCAAGAAAGUUUAAGCAUAUUCUUUCCAGGAGUGAGUGACUUUGGAAAAGAAUCGAUUCUUUUUCAUUAUUCAGACUGGUUAGAUGACCAGAGACCUGAACAUUAUCGGGAGGCGCUCGAUGAUGUUGUUGGAGAUUACAACAUAAUAUGUCCAGCUUUGGAGUUCACCAGAAAAUUCUCAGAACUUGGAAAUAAUGCAUUUUUCUACUACUUUGAACACCGAUCCUCCAAACUUCCUUGGCCUGAAUGGAUGGGAGUGAUGCAUGGAUAUGAAAUUGAGUUCGUCUUCGGUUUACCUCUGGAAAGACGAGUUAAUUACACAAAAGCUGAAGAAAUUUUGAGUAGAUCCAUAAUGAAACGCUGGGCAAAUUUUGCAAAAUACGGAAACCCAAAUGGGACUCAGAGCAAUAGCACAAGAUGGCCAGUCUUCAAAAGCACUGAACAAAAAUAUUUGACGUUGAAUACUGAAUCCUCAAAAACAUACACAAAACUACGAGCACAACAAUGCCGUUUCUGGACACUAUAUUUUCCAAAAGUCUUGGAAAUGACAGGAAAUAUUGAUAAAGCAGAACUAGAGUGGAAAGCAGGAUUUCGCCGCUGGAACAAUUACAUGAUGGACUGGAAAAAUCAAUUUAACGAUUACACUAGCAAGACAGAAAGCUGUGCAGGUCUCUAAUUAAUAGAUUUACCCUUUAUAGAAGGUUCAUUUUCCUGUAGAUGAAGGUGAAAAUACCAGUACCUCUCCUACAUCCCUCGUAAGAAAAGCUAUUAUAUAACUGAAACCAAAUGCCAGGAGAAGAAUAUCGAUUCCUCAUAUCUUUCACUUAGUAUUUUAGCUAGCAUUUCAAAACCCAAAUGGCCAGGACAUGUUUAAUUAAAUUUCACAACAUCAAGUUUGACAAUUAAUUAUAUGCAUUUUAAAA